AUGCAAACCAAGACUUUCUUCACCACCCUUCUAGCUGUUCUCCCCGCAGCUCAUGCCUUCAAGUUCACUGGCCCCAACCCCUCCGAGCCCAUCGAUGUCAGCAAAGAGAUUACCAUCACAUGGGAGGGCGACAUUCCCGACAACCUCUCACGCAAGUUCGACUUCACUUGGUAUUGUGAACCUGAUCGUCUGAAUAAGCUCAGCUCUGAUAUCAGUCACUUUGUCGAUGACAUCUAUCUGUCUGACCACAAGUACAAGUUCCGAUUUCACAACUCCAAGUCGAUGCUUGAACCAUUUGCCGACAAAGUCGCUACCAAGAAAGUGUUUUCUUUCCAGGCUGUAUUCACGGAUGAGAAGCAAGAUGGUCUUUGGCUCGAAUACUGGAGUCAGAAUUACACUAUUAUUGGACUGGAUAAGAAAGAGGAUGAGAAUCCAGGGGUCGAUCUGUAA